AUGUGGGUCUGCUGUGCUCAUGGCAUGUGGGUCUGCUGUGCACGUCCGUCGUUGACUCGCUCUGGGUGGUGUCGACCCCCAACGUGGACAUGCACCCUGAGGAUCUGGAGGGCGGCGUCGAGGUGCACCUGGGCCAUCGGCUGGGGUCGCGGUCCGACCCAUCUCUUCCGCGGGUCGACGACGGGCCUGGUCGCGAAUCUCGAGCGCGGUUGCCUGCUGGUCGAGGGGGGAGAAUUGGCCGCGGGAGAGCACGAGGCGGGCCCCGCUUUGGCCGCGGCCGACGACUUUGAGCCCGCCGCCGCCGCCGCCGUGGCCGAGGCGCCGCUGGGCGAGGGCGAGCGGCUAUGCGUGGAGACUCGCGGCGAGGCCUGCUAG